AUGGAGGGACCGACCCGUCAGGAGGAGGACGAGGCCAGUCCCGCGGUGGAGCAGAAGCAGUCGUUAAAGCUGAGCCGCAAGCUGGCGCGCAUGGAUUCGGCCUUGGCGGAGCUGCGGUCGCUGCACCGCCUCCACUCGGCCUGGGUCGACGCCGGCUUCACCACCAACGUUGUGGGCGACCAGCGUGUGGCCCAAAGCGCCGGCGAAGAGAAUGACGAAGAGGAGCGAAAUCUUCUCGAAGUGGAUGAAGAUGAUGGUGGAAGUAGUGGCGGAUGGAAGUUCGCCCCCUCGCGCUCGAGCUGGGCCACGGGCGAAGAAGACGGCUGCGAUGCAGCAGCGGCUACCUCGCCUUCGACCUCCUUCAUCAACAGCCACCACCACGCAGCCGGCCCCAGCCUCCUCUCGACGUCGGGCGCGCUCGUGUCCCCCUCCAUGCCACGCUUGGCCUGUGAGGACGAAGAAGGCGUCGAAGUCGAGCUCGAACUCGAUGAUGACGACGAAGGCGUACCGAUACCCGACCAUCACCACCACGACAAAGCGCAGGGGGCGACGAGCCUGGCAUCGGCUAUGUCGUCGCCCGGCGGGUCGGGCUCAUCGCCGCCGUCGUCAUCGUCGCCAUCGUCGCGCGAGGUCUCGGGCGAGAAGAGCCCGGCCUCCCAGAGGCGACGAGUGGCCCUGCUGCGCACCAAGUCCAAUCAGCGCGACGAAUGGACGGAGGGCGAGGUGCGGUCAGAAUCGCGGAAGGGCCAGUACGACGGCACCUACGACAGCGAGGGCAGCAAGGACGGCGCAGGUCGGUUCGUGUACGGCGACGGCGGCCUGUACGAGGGCGAGUGGGAGAAGGACCAGCGACACGGCUUCGGAACGAUGACCUACGCGUCGGGCGAGAAGUACCAGGGACAGUGGGUGGAGGACCGCAAGGAGGGCACGGGCACCUACACCUGGCGACAGGGCCAGUACUUGUACUCGGGCCAGUGGAAGAACGGACAGAGAUGGGGCAAAGCCAGCUUUAGGUUCGGGAAUGGGGUGUGGUACUUUGAGGGCGAGUGGAAGGAGGACGCGCCGUGCCCCGAGGGUCUGCUUCGCGGUCCCCAUCUCUCCUACGUGGGCGAGGUGAUGGCCGUGAUCACUUCUGCCCGAGGCAUGCGGCAUGCGCCGUACACGCUGUAUCAGCAUGGGCACGGCACCGGGACAUACGCGCAGGGCGAUCGGUACUUUGGCAACUGGAAGAAGGGCAAACGUGAUGCGUUCGGGGUGUACAUUGGACGACAAGGCGAACGCUUCUUCGGGAACUGGCGCGAUGACCAGCCGCGAGGUUUGGGGCUGUGGAUCCAUGCAGACGGCACACAAUACUUGGGCGAAUUCGACAAGGGAAAGCCCAGCGGCAAAGGCCAACUCAGAUUCGCCAAUGGAGAUGCGCUCGACGGGGUGCAAUGGAACGGCGACCUGGUCCUCAAGGCCCUCUACACUCGGGCAGCAGCCAAGGGCCAGGCUGGGUCGCAGUGGGCGACGAAUCCGAAGUGGGUCCUCUUCGUGGGCGAUGCGCUCGAACAGCACGAAGAGCAUCCGCUCGAGCUGCUCAUGGAGCGGUGGGUGGCGUUCUUCAAGUGGAGCUAUGCGCCGCUGCCGUCGUACGAGACCAAGGAGGCCGUGCGCAAUCAGCUGCGGUCGGCCGUGGAGGACGUAAACAGCUUCAUCGACUACCUCGUCCAGGAGGUCCGGUUCGCCGACAACUGCCCCCAGCAGCGUAACCUGCUGCGGAGGUUCGUGGGUCGCUACGUUCUCACCUACACCCACUCCUCCAUCUUCUCCCUCUACCGACGAGUCAACAAGAAGACGGACGCGAGGCUGUCGAUCAAGAUGAAGUCGCUUGGGCGGGCCACGACUCGCGAUCUCGGGAUUGCAGAGAACUUUCAGCUCGCCCAGCAAUCGCCCUUCAGCCCAGCCGAGGACCUCACCCGACAAGCCCGCGGACGUGCCUUCCUGGGCUCGCACAAAGCCGACACCAACACAGACAGAAAAGCGACAUUGGACACGAGAGGGGGCAAGUCGCAAAAGCAGCCCUACAAGGAGGCUAUCAAGUUGCUGGGCGCGCUGCCCAAUACGCCGCCCUACGAAAAGGCCCAGCGCCUCCUCAGCGUCUCCGAGGCCGUCAUCGACGCCGUCCGCAAGUAUUGGCUCUUCCGCUCGCCCAACACCGACAUGUCCGCCAUGAUGGGCGCUGAAGAGAAGUUCCCGAUCUUCACCUACCUGGUGCUCAAGGCCGAUAUUCCGAACCUGUUCUCGGAGCUGCAGUACGUGUCGGACUUCAUACGGCAGCAGUCCUUCGGCCCGGCCGCCCAUUACGCGGGCGGGAGCGAUGGCGGCGGCGGCUGCAUCGAGGCCGAGGCUAAGUACCGCCUGGCCGAGCUCGAAGCCGCGGUCAACUACCUCCUCACCCUCAACUGGUCUGUGCGCGACUCGGCCGGCGUGCUGGUCCCGCGCGCCUGGGUCGAGCAGCGGCUGCGCGACGCGAUAGGCGACCUCGCCGCCGACGUGCGGCAGCUGACAGUCGACGACCGGCCGACGGUGGAGCUCAUGCACCAACACGCCGGGUGGACGACCGACCUGCUCACCACCAUGGGCCUCGACAUCGAUCUCCCCCUGCCCGCCGCCGCCGACGCCAACAACAACAACAGCGACGACAGCAAUGUUGGACCCAAGCCCACCACGGCAGCCACAAAUACGAACCACGGCGCGAUCCGGGCGCACUCUCCCUCGCUCGUGAUCACGCUCCGAGUCCGUCACUCGCCGGAGACCUACCUGCGCUUCGCCGAGCUCGUCACAAGGGCCACGUAG